CCUCUCCUCUUUGCCCUUUUCCCCACCCACCUGCGGCUACAAAGCCUACAAAACCCUAACAAAAAUUCUCCGCCCGAUCGAGAACCCUUCCUCCCUCGCGCCUCCGACCCUCAUCCUUAGCCGAUUCACGAUGAUGCCGGGGUCAGCGCCGCCGCCGGCCGCCGGGAGCGGCAUGUUCGUCCCGACGCAGACGGCGGGCACGGUGCUGUGCUGCAUGUGCGGCGUCUCGAUGCAGCCCAACCCGGCCAACAUGUGCGCCCGCUGCCUCCGCGCCCGCGUCGACAUCACCGAAGGCGUCCCGCGCCACGCCGCCGUCGUCUACUGCCCCGACUGCACCUCCUACCUCCAGCCCCCGCGCUCCUGGCUCCGCGCCGGCCCGGAGUCUCCCGAGCUCCUGCAGAUCCUCCUCCGCCGCCUCAAGCACCCGCUCGCCCGCCUCCGGGUCUCCCUCUCCGGCGCCGAGUUCGUCUUCUCCGAGCCCCACUCCAAGCGCCUCCGCCUCAAGCUCCGUCUCCGCCGCGAGGUCCUCAACGGUAUCGUCCUCGAGCAGACCCACCCUGUCGAGUUCACCGUCCACGACCGCCUCUGCGAUUCCUGCGCCCGCGCCCAGGCCAACCCCGACCAGUGGGUCGCCGUCGUCCAGCUCCGCCAGCACGUCCCCCACCGCCGCACCUUCCUCUACCUCGAGCAGCUCCUCAUUAAGCACGGCCAGGCCGCGCUUGCCAUCCGCGUCGCAUCAGCGCCCGGCGGCCUCGACUUCUUCUUCGGCUCGCGCUCGCAUGCUGCCCGCCUUGUUGAUUUCCUUGGCACCGUUGCGCCCAUUCAGACCAACACGGCCAAGCAGCUUGUCUCGCACGACACAAAGAGUUUUAUCUAUAACUACAAGUACACCUUCUCGGUCGAGAUUUGCCCCAUCUGCCGUGAGGACCUGAUUGCCCUCAGCCCCAAGGCGUCCCGUGAUCUCGGUGGACUUGGCCCACUCGUCCUCUGCAUCAAGGUCACCAAUGCCAUUGCGCUGCUUGACCCACUUACUCUGCGUGUGCACCACCUUGAGGAGAAGAAGUACAGGGUGUACAACUUCAAGGCUGCUCUGACUAGCAAGCAGCUCGUGGAGUACAUGGUGCUUGAUAUUGAGCAAGAGUCGCCAGAGAUUACCGUAGAUGGAUCUCGGUACCAGCUGGCAUAUGCCCAGGUUGCUCGUAUGUCAGAUUUUGGUAAAAAUGAUACCGUAUUUACAGUACGGACUCAUCUCGGGCACCUGCUGAGCCCUGGGGACCUUGCCCUUGGGUACGAUCUCUAUGGUGCCAAUAUGAAUGAUGAUGAUAUGGACAAGGCUUUGCUGCGGCAAACUUUGCCUGAAGUGAUUCUGGUCAAGAAGAGCUAUGAGAAGAGGCCACGUACACGCCGAUGGAAGCUCAAGAGGCUGCCAAUUGAGGAAGAUCUUGGAAACAAGGCCAAAGGUGAGGAAGAUAAGAGGGCAGAUGAGUAUAGCAAGUUCAUCUUAGAACUGGAGCGUGACCCAGAAAUGAGGUUUAACGUAAAUCUGUACAAGGAUGAGGACUAUAGGUCAGAAAUGGCAUCCACGAUUGGUGACGAUGUCCCUACUGUGCCAAUUGAGGAGUUGAUUGAGGACCUGAGCCUUGGUGAUGAUGAGGAGGAUGAAGAGGAAGAAGACAGUGCACCUGCCGGUAUGGUGGAAUGAGUGACCAUGUCUACUUGAGCCUUGCUCAUGAUGGUUCUUGUCCACUGCAGAUCAUAGGUCUGAACUGCAUCUGUUUAAUUCAUAUAAGUUUUAUUUUCUUUACUGGUACAAGUUAAGAAUAUCAGAUGUGUUGCUUAAACGGUCUAAGUUUUUAUUUUUGUUUGUUGGGAUCGACAUGUUUGAAACCAUAACCUGUAUCUGGGUGUAACAGGCAUGUCUUAAGUUGAAUACAUUUCAUGUCAUAUUCUGUGAUGUUUGUGA